UACCGUAAAGUUUACGUGUAAAUUAAUUAAACUUUAUUAAGCGCAGAGGGGAAACUCCACACGGGAAGGAAAUUCGGCUGUUUUCAUUACCAUCCUCAGCCGCUGCUGUGCGCGCGCGGACUGCGUGUGUGUGUGUGCGCGUGCGCGCGCUGAGGAGGGGGGUGGCGUGAACCAGCUCGUCGCGGACGGUCUCGCAGCUGAACUACGCUCCUACACACUCCGUACACACCGACAUGUGCGUCACACGUCGUGCCCUGAUGUCCGGGAGCGGCGGACACAUUUGCAGCGCGCGCUGAAAAAUGUCCCUCCGCCUCGUUGUUCGCGGCGCGCGCGAACCUGUCGAAGGCGCCGAGGACGAGUAGGAUCGCCGGGGUGUAACCGCAGAAUUAUAACUCGGCGACGAGUGGGGCGCGUUCACCAACAUCCCGGAGAAAGGAGGACGUCCCCGAAGGAGGCGCUGUUCCCUCCGCUGAGGGAGUGGCCGACACGAGCGGACGUCCGGGGUGUUUGGCCCGAGGGUGAUCGAAUGCCCAUGGAGGAAGGGGGGCGUGACCGUUGCGUGAGGAACGUCGUCCGAAGGACCCCAAUGGAGCCGUGAACUCCGCAGAUGAAGUGGGUGCGGUGGCGCCGUGUGCCGAGGGCAGUCCCCUCUUUCUCGCCUGCUGAGCCAUUCCUCGCCUUCGCGCUGCACUCCCCAACAUGGUACUGAGGCCUGCGAGGUCCAAGCCGGGCUGCUCGGCCCCGGCACCACUUCCACAGUGCUCCGCCGGGAUGGCGGCCCUUCUUUGGAUGGUCCUCUCGGUGUUGCCGGUUGGUGGGACCAUCCACGUGGACUCGGCGGAGAGCCACAGCGCCUUUGCCUGCGAGCCCAUCGCGCUGCGCAUGUGCCAGGACCUGCCCUACAACACGACCUUCAUGCCCAACCUGCUGAACCACUACGACCAGCAGACGGCCGCCCUGGCCAUGGAGCCCUUCCACCCCAUGGUGAACCUGCAGUGCUCCCCGGACCUACGGCCCUUCCUGUGUGCACUCCACGCUCCUGUCUGCACCGAGUAUGGCCGUGUGUCCCUGCCGUGCCGCAGUCUGUGCCUUCAGGCCCAGCACGACUGCCAGAAGCUCAUGGACAUGUUCGGCGUGGCCUGGCCAGAGGAGAUGGACUGCAACAGGUUCCCAGACUGUCAUGAGUCUUACCCGCGUGCAGUAGACCUGAUUGCCAGCACAGAGCCCACAGACCAGUCAUCCUUGACGGUGCAGCGCGACUAUGGCUUCUGGUGCCCUCGGGAGCUUAAGAUGGAGCCUGAGCUGAGCUACUCCUUUUUGGGGGUGCGGGACUGCUCCCCGCCCUGCCCCAACAUGUAUUUUCGUCACGAUGAGCUCAACUUCGCCCGCUACUUCAUUGGUGUCGUGUCCAUCGUCUGUCUGUCUGCCACGCUCUUCACCUUCCUCACGUUCCUCAUCGAUGUGACCCGCUUCCGCUACCCCGAGCGGCCCAUCAUCUUCUACGCCGUGUGCUACAUGAUGGUGUCCCUGGUGUUCUUCUUGGGCUUCCUGCUGGGCGACCGCGUUGCCUGCAAUGCUGCCAGUCCCGGGCAGUAUCGUGCCUCCACAGUCACCCAGGGCUCCCACAACAAGGCCUGCACACUGCUCUUCAUGGGACUCUACUUCUUCACCAUGGCAGGCAGCGUCUGGUGGGUCAUUCUCACCAUCACUUGGUUCCUGGCAGCUGUGCCCAAGUGGGGCAGCGAGGCCAUCGAGAAGAAGGCUCUGCUCUUCCACGCUAGCGCAUGGGGCGUUCCCGGCGCUCUCACGGUGACGCUGCUGGCCAUGAAUAAGAUUGAGGGUGACAACGUGAGCGGCGUCUGCUUUGUGGGACUGUACGACGUGGCGGCGCUGCGUUGGUUCCUGCUGGCCCCGCUCUGUCUGGACGUGCUGGUGGGCGUGGUGCUGCUGCUGGCGGGCAUCGUGGCCCUGAACCGCGUGCGCAUGGAAAUCCCGCUGGAGAAGGAGAAUCAGGACAAGCUGGUGAAGUUCAUGAUCCGCAUUGGCGUCUUCUCCGUUCUCUACCUGGUCCCCCUGCUGGUGGUCAUUGGCUGCUACUUCUACGAGCAGAGCUACCGCUCUGUGUGGGAGACCACGUGGGUGCAGGAACGAUGCCGCGAGUACCACAUCCCCUGUCCCUACCAGGUGGAGCAGACCAGCCGGCCAGAUCUGGUCCUUUUUCUCAUGAAGUACCUGAUGGUGCUGGUGGUGGGCAUCCCCUCUGUCUUCUGGGUGGGCAGCAAGAAGACAUGCUUCGAGUGGGCCAGCUUCCUCCACGGCCGCCGGCGGAAAGAUAGCGGCGUCAACGAGAGUCGCCAAGUGCUGCAGGAGCCCGACUUCGCACAGUCGCUCCUGCGGGAUCCCAACGCGCCCAUCAUCCGCAAGUCCCGCGGUACCUCGACUCAGGGCACUUCCACCCACGCCUCCUCCACCCACCUGGCAAUGAUGGAUGAGCAGCGCAGCAAGGCAGGCAGUGUGCACAGCAAGAUGAGCAGCUACCACGGCAGCCUGCACCGCUCGCGAGACGGCGGGUACACUCCCUGCAGCUACCGUGGUACAGAGGAGCGCCCCACCCACGGGAGCCUCCCCCGCCUCAAUGAGCAGUCCCAGCACAGCAGCAUGCAGCGUCUCGAUAGCCAAUCGCGGCACAGUAGCGUGCGGGACCUGAGCAAUGUCUCGCCUGCUCUCAUCACCCAUGGCACCAGUAUGAACCGUGUCAUCGAAGAGGAUGGGGCCAGUGCUUGAUGUUCUCAGGAAUCUACUGUGGAGAAGACAGCCAUUAUAUGUAGGGAUUGUGGCCCUUACCUUCAUUGACUGCCAGGGGCCAGUUUUAAAAUUCAGUCAAGGACAAAAAUUGUUGGGCCUUGAAGAUUCUUAAAAUGUGGUUAAAAUGAACAGUGGGGAUAGAUGUCAUGGAAGAGAUUGUACCCCUGACCUAUAGCAUCAUGUGAUGUACAGAUUUCUUGCUGGAAUGUUGGAAAAGCUGCCUAGAUUGAGGGGCUUAGCAUAUGUUCUCAUGGUGCAGAAACUAAAACCACCUUUGCUUUUUCCAUGAUUGUUUUUCCUUCACAUCACCUGUAAUGUACAAAGGCACUUAAGCCAAACACUGAGGAGAUUUGGAGAUUUACUUUGGAUGCAACGGACUUUCAGCUCUGGGAAAGAAUUGCCCUGACUGUACAUCCUGAACAAUAAGGAUGUGUUGUAUAAUUAAACAUGUCGCAGUGGUGGGGAUAAGGAGCUGCACUGAGUGCGAGAACUUGGACACCAUUCCUACUUUAUCCUCAGAUAUGUCAAAGAAACCUCGGUGUGGGUUCUGGCCCAAAAUAUUGAAGCCCUCUAUCAACUAACAGCUGGGGAAAAUACAUGAUGUAUAAGCAUUGCAUUUGUCCUUGUACACACUUAUUCUGCUGUACAACAUACAUUGGUUUGCUGGCAGUAUUGUAUAAUGCUUUGUCAAAUGAGGAGUAUUGUGGAAAUAAAAUAUGCAGUUAAUGUUUGCUUUAGAAGUUUACUCACUAACA